CGCAAAUGAUAUUCUCAGGCAUGCAACAACUUGCCUUUUAUAUUGUUUACAAGUUGUUUGUGGCUGCAGGCAAAAUCUGGCAAAGAUCUGAUCAAACUCUUCUGAUUCUCUGCAACAGUAGAGAAUGGCAUGUCGACCUUUAUAGUCACAGUGUUAACACGUGACAGCUUGGUAACCAAAUCCUUUCGAGGCACAGGAUACUCUUCUCAAUAUCCGUCAAGUGGUAUAUGAAUACGAAGUUACUUAGAGCAAGCAAGGAGUGUCGUCAAGAAUCUUCAACUGGUUAUCUUCUAACAUUUUGUUGCAAUUACAGAUUUUGGAAUGUUUAUUUACGUAAUGUGAUCGGAAGAGGAGGCUAUCAUCGAAAAAGAAGAGGAACUAGGUUUAAUUCGAGCUCAUUAAAUUGACCCAGGCUUGGCUGUGGUUGUUCAAACGCGCAGUCGCAAGCUAUGCUUAGCUCAUAAGACGCCGAAAGUUCGAAUCGAAAGAUUUUAUCAAAGUAUUAUUGAAAACUACACAAGAUAAUGGGUGUACAUUAUGUAGUGGAAAUUUUGAUCGUGCUAAUAACGUAUUCCACGUAAGUAUUAACAAUCAUGUUACUUGGAAAUAUUCUCUACAUGUGUAUCAUUUGUGUUGAGAUGUUUUUAGAUAUCUACAGAAUCACCUAGACUUACUGUCUACCUACUUCAUGGUUCGACGGUCACUGUAAAAUAGCUUCUUGAAGCAAUUCUUUUCAUAUUUAAAACUAUUCCCUUUGACUCUUCCCACGUCCGAUUUUACGCAUAGACCUAAUGGCUAAUAGCUUGUGGUUUUCAUAUUACGAAGUUCAGGAAGUCGAAUUUAAUACAAGGAAUAUGCGCGCAUCAGCAGCAAGGGACAAAGUAUCGAACUAUAAAUGCUAUAAUUUGUAAAUAUCUAACAAAUAGUUAUAAUGAUAUCGCGUGCGACUAAAACGUGAAAGUUUAUGAGUAUGUAGAUGCUUAAAUGGUUUGACAAAGCUGUACUAACGAUCGCGCGUGAAUACGUUUAUUUUGCACAACUUUGAUAUGCGUCCAAACACUUAGGAACAAAUAUCUUAAAAAAUGAGAAAGAGCCAAACAACUGCAAAGAGUAUAAUUGCGGAUUACAGUUGUCGGUAUUAACACCUAUGGCUAUGUGCGCAAGUCAUUAUGCUAAAUAUUUGUCGAAUUUAAAUCGUUUGGAAUUCGUUGAGUACUGCAUGUGAGUUUCUUUAUCGUCAGUGAUCUCCUGUUCAUAUAUUUUCUUACAUGUAGCAAUUAUACUUAGUCAUGUAGCAAUUUCGGAAAGAUCUUUCCCGUUCUUUGCCAAGGCCCACUUGCUGGUUGUUUAUAGAAUGUUCAUAAUGUUUAAAUAAUAUUAAUAGUCAAAGAUAAUGGUAAUUAAAACAUCCGCAACACUUGCCAACAGUCUUGAUGAACGAGAGGAGUAUGGAAAACUAGAGACCCAGUACAUUCUCCUGAGAAUCGUAAAGAAAUCACACUGCGUUUUGCUUCAAAUUCUGGAUCCUUACUUUUGUACAUAACGACUUGUGAAAGUCUACCACAACAAGUAUCCACACUGAGGCCUAAUGUUUGAUAAUACAGUGUAUGUUAGUCAUAGGUUAAAAGACAUUAGUCAUAGGUUAAUACACAUAAGUCGUAAGUUCCAUGUAAGUCGCAAAUCAUACAUUGUCAGUAUCAACAUACAAAAGCUUCCCCUUUAUAUUUUAGUGUCAUAUCCGAAGAUCGUAUCGUAUAGCAUAUAGAUUUCUUAAUUCUCAUCGCUUACGAUUAAAAAACAUAUCCGUAUAUACAUAAAUAUAUCAUGUAUUGUCUGCUGAGUUUUUUAAAAGAUUACGGAAAUAGCAAAAGGCAAAAUAUUAAUCGACUGUAUAAUUAUCCAGUUAAUGUUAGGGACAUAGGCAAAUCUAUGAUCAAAUGAUACACUAUCAACUUUCGCACAUAACUUUCGUACAUAACUUAAGCGCAGUGUAGUUUUAAACUUCAUAAAACUAUAUGUUUGCAUUGCUAUUAUUUCUUCUUUCCUAAGCAAUUUGAGCAAGUCUGCAGACCAGUUAAUUUUCCUGUUAUAUUGUAGUUAAACUUCACACAACAGUGCAGCACAAAGCCAAUGUUAAAUCUCAAUUCAGAGAGUACUUUGUGAACUACCUCUAUCGAAAGCACUGACGUUAUAGGCUUAUUCCCUUGCUUAUUCCUUUAUACAUAUAUAUUGGUUCUUUAUCACAGCAAUCAUCAUGCAUGAUAAUCGUCCAAGCUCUCGUGACUUCGAAAUUUGACAACUUGUCCGUAAAAGGCAAGGAACUGUUAGAAAAGCUGAAAGGACUCCAUCUUUGGUGGAAACUUUCAUAAGAAAAACAAAGUAUUAGACAGGGAAUGCUAUAAGAAGCAUAGAAUUUUGAGUGUCGAGUUCCAUUGUAGGCAGUAAUUAACUUUUAGACGAAGUCGAAGGGCCUUGGCUCAAAACAUCAAGAAAGUUUUUUCUUUAUAUUUUAGCCAAUAUUGUUCAACAUAUAGAACCUAACACUAAAAGAUCAUGACAUUGACCUUUACUAAUGCCUAUAUCGCGAGUUCAAAGAAUGCCUACCGAUUUUGUCUCGUGUGUUUUAGAUUUACAUGCACUGUUAUUCUGCGAUGACAGACUCAGUAUUUCAUAAAGAACAAUUCCCUAUACCCAAAACAUCCUGUUCGGGUUCGCGGUUAAAAUGCCUUUUCCGCGAAUAGAAAAAUUGCCAACAUCGAGGUGGUGGGGAAAUUGCAAAUUACUUCCAUAUUGCUCGGUUUCAGCAAUAGUUAUAUGACACGCAAAUGGGGGUCAAGAAAUGUUGAGAAUCAACGUACAUCUCUGAAUCUAUUUAUUUGUCACUAAAUACAAGCCUACAACAUACAAUGAAGAGAAUUAACGUUAUUUUCUCAGGACAACUGUUAGUUGACCAUCUGCAUCUGCUGCACGAAACAUAUCCAUUCGAGUCAUUUGCUAGCGACAAGAACUCGACACAAAACAGCGUGUCACACCAUCACGCGACGAGUUUAUGAUUGCAUGCACGCAUGGUGAAAAAUGGAUCCUCACGAAAAUGAUUUGAAUAGGAAGACAUUAUUUUGUGGGUUGAUAGCUUUUAUAUUCACUAGUAGAAAAGCUCACGUAAUUUUCCCGACCCGCUACUAACUUCCCGAGGAAGGGACUCGAAACGUCGAAGUUCUCCUUGUAUUUUUCAGGCAGUUGUAUAACUUGUAUCCGAAGCUUUCUUUGUGAAUUUAACACUGUCAUAAGUUACGGUUACCACUGAGUAAUUUUACAAAAUACAAAACAAUGGACACUUCGAAAACAUUAACACUGUCAUGCUACAAACUUUUGUAAAUGGUCCAUGCAUGUACUAAUAAUUUAAAUAAACAUGAAAAAGCAACAAAGAAUUUGUCUCUAAGUACUAAAUAAGCAACCAUUGGAUAUAUAAAUCAAUAUGAAUACACAUCCGUAGGGUACAAUUUUAUAUCUGAUAACUGAUGACGAGCAGUCUGUUUAUAUAAGCUGGCUUUGUGUGUGCCUGAACUAGUUAAAAAAAUGAAAACACUUCGACGUUUUGAAUGUAACGAAGUUGGUAUAUCUAAAAACAAAGUGUUUAAUAACUUUUUCAGGUAUUUCAGACACAAACCACGACAGUCUGUUAUGCAAUAUACAUUGGACCCCCCAUGCUUGAGACAUUGUGCAUAAUAUAUCCUAUUGGGGUUUUAUCUCUCCUCAUAUAAACUGUCUAAACUAGCGAAUCAUUUCCGUCUGAGAUGUUUAUAAAAAAAAUAGGGGAAGAGCAGGAGAUAAAAGAAUAAUCUUCUUGAAUGUUAUAUCACAGUUAUGUGGUUAUAGUAAUAAUUAGACCUUUUAAAACACAUGCGGCCCAGUGCAUGUUACGGACUACAUUAAGCUGCUGUGGUUUGUGUCUAACCUCUUCCAUUUGAAAUGUCUUUUGCACAUUCAGACACAGACAAUAUGUCAAUGGCAACUUGCCAUGUAACUUUUACACGACUAAUUUCUAAGACUGAGGCUUGUGUAAGACUUCUUUUGUCUAAUAGCUGUAUUGAAUGAUGACAAUAAGACCUUUAGGCGAAAAUAGAUGAAACGCCAAACGUAUGAAUUGCCGUGACUAUACAUAUGUUUCAUAGCUUUUCAUCACCAAAGCUAAUGCGGUAUUAAAUCUUGUUAUAACCGCAGCACAUUGCGGCAUCGAGGUGACUAAUUUGAUGCUGCGCAAUAAAACAAUUUAUAUAUAUCUCUCGUACGGUAUGCAACUAGACAUGAAAAACACAAACAGAACUUCGACAUAACGCUGGGGUUUAUUUCUCACUUAAUCUGACAAUGAUGAUAACAAUGAAAACAUCAAUGUCUGGAGCGGGAUAAUUUGAACUAUAUUAACUGGGCAAAGCAGUGUAAAAACACAAAGGACCACCGAGAUUCCACUUGAGGUAGAAUAUGGGUACAUAUUUCCAUCCUUUUUCACAAUCAUCAUCAGAUCAUCAGAUCUAUAUAUCUUCACGAUGUUUUAAAAUAUUCGAUCCCACUUAAUUUUUUUUUGUUCUUUGCGGCAUGAGAGUAUGAAACUAUUUUUAAACAUUACAAAUGUAACAGUAACUCACGAACUGUACUAUCAGUGGAGAUGGCAAAAUUAUUGCGUAAUUCGUGUUUGUAGAAUGGAAUGCAUGCCGUGCGGAAUGAGUUAAGAUUGGGGUCAGAAUUAGGGGUAGAGUUAAAAACAUGUCUCAAAAUUCGUGUUCGCGCGUGUCAUUCCACACGGCUAUUCCGCCUUUUAUAUUCACUGAGCUUGAACAAGGUUUUAGAUCAUUCAAUUUCUCUUGACUUUUGUCUUUUACUGUUUAACAACUAGCCCCUUAUCACCAGUAAAUAAUGCAAAAUUAUGUUUUUCUUACAGGGUCGCUGUUAAGCCCACGGCAAUAGUAAGUAUUAUCAUUGUAUUUUUGACCCCACCCACCAUGUAAGAAUGUAUAGGAGUGCAACUAUUUGCUUGUGCUGGUAUUGCUACCAGGGUGAAAUGCAGGUGGGCAGGCUAGCGAGAGACAAGACAAUGAAGGCAAUGCAUUGCGAUCAGUGCGGAACAUAUGUGUCUUGUUGUGGUCGAAUUAAACAGCAAUUGUUUCCUUAUUGGGGCAACAGUGACAAAUAAUUUGCAGAAUAUUUGACUUGUUUUUGUGGAAAUUUGAUUUAUUUCACAAGAACAAAACAGGUAUAUUUAUAACCACGCAAAUCUACAAUGACAAAUAAUUGUUAAAAUAUGAAAUACAACAUGUGCCGCGGGUCAAUAAGUCAGAAUUAAAGAACACCGCGGCGCUAAGCUGUGCCAAUAAUACUGCAGUCAUCCAAUAAUUGAGUGAGUGUUGGGACAUGAAACUGCGUAAACUGACAAAUUCUCAGUCCUAUAACGGCUAUUGCUGCCCACGCUGACGCCAUUUGAGCUCAAAAAGUUCACCUGGUAAUGUCUUACAAUGUUGAAUACAAAGGUACAACGACAUGUCAUACUAGAAAACGUACCAAUAUCAAUACCAGCUUUAUUUCACGAGGGUGUAAAGCCUCAUGUUUAUCAAAGUUUCUGUGAUCACAGUAGGAGAUUUGAAUACGUAAAUCACUAAGUUUUGAAGGAUUUGUAAGAAAUGUUCGAGGAAACUGACUGAAAGAUGCGGUACAGUCUGAUUUGCGCAUGUGCACAAAGGAGCCCUCAUUUUAUUUACAAACAGUUUAUUUAGGUUUUUAUUUCAUUUUAUGUUCUUGCAAAGCUUGAUUGUUGUCUCUUGAUAAUUUAUUAUGCUCUAGAAUCAUGAAAAUAUAAAUAGUUGUCGAAUAAAAUUCAAUAUUUUGGAUACCGAAAUGUAAACAAAGCCUUUGUUUACAUACGGACUGUACCGCAUCUUUAAUACCAAACACUGAGUUUGUCGAUGCAAAAUUUCACCUGUGAUCACUGAGUCAGAAACUUUGAUAGUGUAAACAGGCUUAACAGUUCAAAACUGAGUAACUAUAUAUACUGGCCCUCAAUAUAAACAAGAUAAUUAAAAACCUAUAAAGAGCUAAAUGCAAUAUGGGAUUGAUAUAAUAAUGAUCUAAGUGUUUUAACUACGUAAGUGAAUAAUCAUGUUUGUUAAAGAUUUUAGUGAAAGCAAAAAAGGAAACUUUGUUCAGUUCCCAAAGUCGUGCUCAUGCGUAUUAUCACUAGAAAUAACAUUUAAUCACGGGACAUUCUUCUUCAUUUAAUCUGUGAAUCAGUUUUUAACACCUCAGUAAAACCAUUAAUUGCAAGUUAUUCAAGUUUUAUCAUGAAAUGCAAGUAUAAACUUGCAUAAAAUCUUGUACGAUGACGUGAUGUUUCUUGUCAAAGAUGAAUUUGCGUUUCUGCGAAAAAGAGCUUUGUAGCCUACUGUAUUAUUCAUUGUCUGAAGUGGGUGACAGUGCAAUAGAUCCGAUUUAAUAAUUGAUGCAUUUUAGUAGAUAGUUCUUCAGAAGAUCAUUAGAGACACUCAGCACGGUAUUUUGACUGUAGCCUAUGCUUUAAACUAAGUUAAACUGAUAUUAAGGUAAUUCCGCAGUAAUUGUUCCCGAAAUGAGAAUGUGCUGAAACUUCCCAGGCAUGGAGUUCAUGAUAUACUUAAAGUAAAAUCACACAAAAAAGUCGGGGUCACCGAACUCGUUGAGAAGAUAUCACAAUAUACCACUUUUACACCAAUAUGGCGCCAUCUUGUCGCUCAUUACGAGUAACAGCAAAAUCACAAUAACCCGAUAUUUAUUGACAUUUUUAGCACGGAUUUUGCUUUAGUAAACCUAUCUUGUAAUUAUUUUAUAAUUGAUAAAGGAUUUUUUCACAAGAUCCAGAAAUGAUUUUUCUUUUAAUUUCGGAUAUGAAAUAUAAAAUGCAUUAAAGAAAUAAAUUAUCAGUUAAAAAACGGGGGUCACCGAUCUUUUUAAGGAAUUGUGGCAUUAAAACGUGAAAUACGAGUAAAUAAAUAUACUACAGACACAGGAACCCUAGCUACACUUUUGUAUGCCUUUUUUUGAAAACAUUGAUUUUAACGUAAUUCUUUGCACGAAUCUAACCAAAAACGUUUUGAAGUAACAUAAAAUUGUCAUAAAAUUAUUUUUUUAUAAACGGUACGUAUAAUGGUCUAAUGGAUGAAAUUAUAAGUUAUAAGAUGUGCGCAGUAAAAGUGCGCAAUGCAAAACUGCGGAAUUACCUUAACAACCUUGGGCUUGGGAAAGAAAGAAAUAAUAACUGUUGUAAUUUAAGCCACUUAUUUUAGGCUAGCGUUUACACUGUAGUCUGUGCAGGACAGCUUUCCAUAGCGACGUGAAAAACACGUAUCCGUACCUUUUAGGAACGCUAUUUUCAGAGGAAUUAUUGCAACAGAGAGAUGUUGUUUCGCUCAGCCCCUGAAAGUUGUACAUUCCGUAUCGGACAGGUGCUUUUUCGCGCCGCUACGGAAAGCUAUCUGGUAUAAUGUAAACGGAGCCUUGUUUAAUGUGUCUACCACUCUGAGGUGGAUGGAAUUGACAAAGGUCUCCGAUCGUGUGGGUUGGUUAUACGUAUAACUAUAAGGGUUAGUUUUUAGCGAGGGAGGAAUAUCUGAGGACCCAGAGAAAACCCUCGAAGGCUGAAGCGCAGAAGAGACAAGCAAAGGGCAACCAACCCACAACAUAUAUAUAUAUAUAGUAACAAACUUAACUCAGAAGUAUAGGGGCAGUUCUGGCAACCAUGCUUCGACCUGUCCUCAACCAAUUGUUAAACUUGAUGACAUAUACCGCAAUUAGAUCAGACAAAGGUUUGAAAUAUAAAGAUUUCUUUAAAAACUCUUCCCCAGAUAGCUACUGUAUAUCGCAACUCUCAGGCCAAUAUUCUCUAUUACUUCCUCAGAUAAGUGGACAAAGAUUUUUUUUUUGAGAUAAAAUAACAUACCCUCAAUUCCAAUACAGUAUAUGGUAUAUUGCUGGUUCGAAAUUUACUAUUUUUGAAAAUUUUUGCAAUGCUUUUAACAAUCAUUCUCCUUUGCCCUUUAAUGCUAGUCAAAGACUGUAAAUUGUAUCUUGGAGCUUUUCCCAACUUUAGCAAGGAAUCAUGCCUAAAUAUUUUAGAAAUUCGUGAACGCGCAACAGUAGCCGACAGUGCUUGAUAGAGCCAAACUAGAAGCACCCAUCAACCAAAGAAAUUUGAAUUUGAAACCCGUACAGGAAUUGAACCCAAACCAGAGCUAUAACGGUAUAAGAGUAUAGGCUUAAAGGUCCAUAUAUAUACACACCAGACGCGAUUCGACAACGCGACGCGAUUUUUUAGUUUUUGAAAGUUAAUAAAAUAGCCAAUGAGAGCAAAUUUUGAAAGAUAUGUAGACCAAAUAACUCAAAAUGUUAUAGCGCUUGUAAAUAUUUGGAAAUAUAAACUCGAAUCAAAGUUAUCGGUCAGUGAAAAUCGAAAAGUCGCGUCGUGUUGUCGAAUCGCGUCUGGUGUGCCUGGACCUUUACAACUACCUGAAAAUACAAGGAAAACGCCAUCGGGAAGUUAGUGGAUUGGGAAAAUACACGUGCUUUUAUACUAGUGAAUAUAAACACAUGUAUUUUCUGAUUCAUGCUUCUAAACUUCCCAACGAAGAGUCCUGGAAGUUGUCCUUGUAUUUUUCAAGUAUAGUUGAAUCAUUCUCAAUCCUCAGUUUUCUGCUGUUAUUAUCACUACCUACGCUGACACGGACUGUUAUUGAAAAGUUGGAAACCAUUUCUAUUUUAGCCAAACUGGGAUGAUCCAACCAGACAACCUAUGGUCAAGUACGCUCAGUUGUUCAAUUAUGGUGCAAGUGCUUAUGUGAGAAUUACUAACAAGACAAUUGAUGCAACCACACAUAAUAAGACGGACCCUGACAGUAAGUUUUCUUUGGUAUUAGUUUUAAAUAAGUAGGUUGAAGAGGGCUAUUAUCGAUAUCAGUUGUGCGGCGAGGGAGUCCAUCCCCUUUUCGCUUGCGCUUUACCAGGGAGAUAUUUUGUUGAAGUGGAGCGCCACACCUACCGUCAACUCCCAUACGCCGAAUCGAACCUGGGACCUCUCGAUCACCAGAUGAACGUUCUACCGCCUGUUUUUUAUGAAUACAUUUAUUAAACUAAUUUUAUUGAUACUGCAUGGAUAGCUCAAUCAGUUCUAAACUGUUCUACCAGAUGCCGGAAGUGGGCAGUCCGAGGUCAAAGCUUCAACUUUUUACAUACAGUUGUCUUUUUUUCCUUGCACUUAAUGUGUCAACUUAUAUUUUGAUUAAACGUUUUCUACAUCCUUCGAUAUAAUUUAGUGUUUUUAAAUCUGUUGAAUUGGUUUAAGUUUUUUCAAUCAAAGCAUUUCCUUUACGCCUUAAAGGCUAGCAACACAAGUGUCUUUGAUAUGCAAAUUUUUCUAAGGAGCAACAAUUAAACCCUUUCUUGUAGCUUUGAAUAAUAAUUGGCUAUAUUGCACAACUCCAUUUAAGUAAUAAUUAUUGCUUUCAGCUCAAAGUGUUUUUCAACUGUAUAUUUUAUUUAUAAUAUUGGGCACCAAAUUAGGUUUGAACUUGGACGUCUUGAAUUAAAAGGAAACGCCCUUGACUAACGUCAUGCAUACAGACAGUGGUUUAGGUCGUGAAGGGGAGUUUUAAUCGCAUUUCCCUACGAAAAUGUUUGUCCCACUGAUUUACCAACAUUCUCAGCACGAAAACGGCUAGUCUCCCUCACAGCCGCUCAAAAUUACUGCCUGAUACUGGUGCAAAUCCCGUUUCUAGUUGUCUAAAUCCCAUUUUCCAAGUGGAAAACUCCCAUUUUAGGCCUCUAUAUAACAUUGGUAAACCUCUAUAAUUUAUUGUAGGGUUUGACGUAAGGUUGUUAAGAAUUUGACGUCAUACCGCUAAGUAGUGCGAACGAGGCUCUUACAAUUUGCCGGAAUAGACGUCAAUAGGAAAUCUUACAGCCAAAUGUUUUCACUGAUAUUUAUCACUAAAAUCUUCGUCUUUUCAAACUUUGUUAUCUAUGAUAAUUCACGAAAAGAACACUGAUAUGAAAGAUGAGUCUGUCUAGGAUUACACAUGUGAAUUUCAAUGUUUUCGACAAAGCUUAGCGAAGCUAAGUCGGAUUAACCCGUGUUAAAAUUAAGCCUGGUCAUCAAGCACAAGACUCAAGAGGGAUCAAACUUAUUGAUUUCUUAUGUACUGUCCUCACUACGAUGCAACAUAAACAUAAGAAUAUCAAAACGUUUUUUUCCUUAUGCUUAUGUUGUUGCUUGUGCUUUAUCUUGAGUUGUAGUGAGGAUACAAUGAGAACAACACAAGUAUAAGAACAUCAAAGCGUUCCGCUUGCUUGUGCUUAUAUGUCGUGAGGACCUGGGAUUUGAUAAUCCCGUAAUCCCCAUUUACGUUUGUGUUGGAAAUGUUUUGUUGAACGCCUCACGAACUGAUCCAGUUCAAAGUGGUGGCGGUGGUGAUAAUUCUUCUUUUGGAGAGAGGGGAAGGGGGUCACCCACUUCGGAGUGCCCGGAGGAAGCCCACGAUCUUUGGUGGACUUUUACGACUGAGACAAAAUCCACUUUUUUAAUUCUCAAGUAUAUAUAAAAGGAUUGAUGAAAUUAUCCCAGCUAUUUUUAUAAUCUGAUUAGAAAGUGUUGGCAUUGACCUCCGUUACAAGGUUAAUUCCUGUAUGAGGCGCUUGGUGCUAGCUUAUUAAAUAUCUUUAUCACAAUCAACUAAAUAUGUUAGUAGGUGUCAGAACAUGGUCAGUCUUUGCUCGUCAACGUUAGAACUGUCUACACUUGUAAUAAGAAGAAAAUUGAACCAAACCAAUUACUGAAUCAAAUGAAAUAAAUGAACAUCAUUUUCUCACUCUGAUAACUUGCCAGUUCACGGCAACCUGCUGCACGACAGUGCUUUAUUACUGAAAUCUUGUAAAUAAACAAUCGCCACAGGCUUAGUUUCUUUUCACUUAACUAUUCUACUGAUAAUAAGGCAGCUUAAAUGGUCGCAAUUUUGGAUUCUGGAAACAUAUACAAACUGUAAUUUUCCAAAGUGGAACAGAGUGUAGUGAAGCAUUAAGACAAGUGAUAACCUUUGAUUGUUCAUUCUUUGUUUGAACUUUGGUGCUUAGAGACUUGUGGUGAUUGUUGAAGAACCACUUGUGUCUUCGUUCAAGCACAACUGGGCAAUAACACAACACUAAGAAAAAUUCUUUACACGAGCACACCUCCCCCCCCCCCCAUCUUCAUACGCUGCUCAAGUCAUGGUUGGAUCUCCUGAAUCUUUGACUUGAAAACAAGGACUCCCCACCCCAGAUCAUAGACAAAAUAAUAGUGGAGCCGGCCCUUACCACACUAACCCACCUCAAACUUUAAUGCCAUAAUUAUGCAUAGCAUCCGUUACAUGUGAAAACAGUGUUUUCAGUUUGACUCUAUAUCAAACAUCGCAACAUUGUGAUAAAGAGAUGACAUUUACUGCUACUGGUCCUCUGGGAAGCAUAAUUUAGAAUUGAUAGAACUAUCCAGAAAGCUGGGGAAUGAGAGGGAUUGAACUUGAGAGAUGAGAGAUUGAGAGGGAUCAACUACCUGAAAAAUACGUCGACGUUCCAACUAAGUUCCCGUCGAAGGGCCUUUGCUCGAAAGGUCGACGUUUUCCUUGUGUUUCUUUUCAGGUAGUUGAAUCCUUAUCAAUCCGCGGUUUUCUGGUGUUAUUAGGGAGCUUAAGCAUGUAGGACAGCAACACGACGACGACGGCAACCAAUACAAUGAGUCGAUGAAAAGUGAAUAAAUAAUUAAAGUCCCGGGGGAGUUUCAGACGUAGUCGUCGCUCUGUUUACAACGUCAAAUCACAGAUUUUUACGCCUUUUAUACAACGCCUGCAUUUCAAGCCGACGAAGCCGUAACAAGUCUUCCCAAACAUAGAGCCAAUGUUUUCAACUUCUUAUACUGUAUUAAAUUCAUACGAAUUAUAAUAUACGACAAGUUUUCUUUACUAUAAUUUAUUUGAAGGAAUUUGUUUUGGCCGUUGUCAUCGUGUUGCCGUCCUGCAUGCUUCAGCUCGCUAUUGUCACUACCUAUACACUGGCAGAGACCGUUCGAGUUUCUAUCAUAGACCUAUCCAGUUUAAAUUAAUGUUUUAUUCGUUUUUAAUGCAUCAUUAUUCACACUUAAUUUAUUUCUUGCAGCAUAUUUACAGAUCGACAUGUUUGGUCCAACACUUAGGGCUAUUCGAAGCUACCAAACUGGAGAGUAUAUUUGUCAUAACCCUACCACAGGUUAUCCCGAAAUGAAGGUAAGAUCACUAUCAUUAUUUUCUGAUGUAUAACUGAAGGCGCACGAGAAGACAGUGGCGGUCAUUUCGCGAAACAUAUUACCAAAUUUUGUUGUUGUAAAUCUAAGUUAUUAUUUGCCUUUCAUUAAAUCAAGACUUGGCCAUCUCGCUCGAUAGAACUAACAGUUGAAGGGUGUUUGUAGAUGGAGAUUUCUAGCGGAAGGUUACGUACAAUCAGGGACGCCAGAACGAUAAAAAGGCAAGGCGGGCAAGCGCACACCAAAGGGCAUCUCUAUAGAUUCCUGUGAAGAUAUAAACCUACAAUUAUGUGUUGACUUGCCAAUAUAUGAAAGCAAACGCACUUAAUCAGGUCACAUUCAAGAUCACACCUCAUGAUUUUGCCCAAAAAGCAUCACUGGAAAUGUGAUUUAUCAGAUGGAAUUUUAUAACUCAAAGGGCACUUCUGCCCCCCUUGCCCCUCCUAGCAAAAGGCAAGAGGGGCAGCUGCCCCUCCUGCCCCCCAGUUCCGGCGUCCCUGCGUACAAUUUUCAUAUCUAACCAGACCUGACCACGUACGAUUUUCAGACCUAACCUAUAUCAAUGUUUAAUGUUUUUAUUGUCAUUACCAAGUGAUUCAGCUAUCAUACGAAUGAUUCAGAAAAUGUUGGAAGGGGUUGUUCCCCCUUGCCCUACUCUCCGCCGAAAUCCACAAAUUUAAAUAUAUACUGUUCACAAUCUACUACUAAUAUAUGAUUGGCUAUACUGCAAGUCCCUCCCACGAAUAUAAGUCCCCCCUCAAAUAUGUCCCACCUCUUCGAUACCCCCCUUCGAUAACCCCCCUUCAAACAUUCCUAUUUUCCCUUAGGUGAUCGUAACCGUGAGUAAGCAUCCUGCUUGUAUGUUUUAUAAAACACCCAACAAGAAACCGUACACUUCGUACAGAUCACGGCUAAACAAAAAGUGGUACCUCGCGUUUCACUUCAAGGGCAACAAAGCUGGUAGACCAAAAAAAGGUCAGCGAACUUCGGACUUUAAGAACAAAGGAUGUAUGUUUUUACUAGAUGCUUUAAAACUUUCACGGAAGCGAAGGAAAGGUUGAAAUGUGGAGGAUCUCAUCGUAGUUAUUUAAAUAUAAUUUAUUUAUUUAAGGAAUAAAAUAAUUAAAAUAUUUAUAAUGGCAUUAGUAAUACAUUAAUGCCGGCAACUUCAUGUAAGUAUGCCUGUAAGGGAAAGAGAUGGACGCAAGUGUAUUUACGUUUUCUUUUCUUAGUUUUCACUUGAGUGAAAGCUGAUAACGGAAAAACAUAAUACCAUACAAAGGAGUGGAAUUUAAGUUUCUUGUAGUACGUAUAUGUGUUUUAAUAUUCGAUGAGAAAAAUAUCGGAUUUAAGUGUGUUUCUUUUGAAAUUAAAAUAUGCACUAAUGACAAGAGUAUUUCAUCUUCCUUUCUAUAUAAGGUGAUAUAGUAGCUAUAUGCGAUAGACUCUUGCAACUAUUUAUAUACGUCAUAAAAGGGAAAUAUGUGAGAAUUUGUAUCAUAUAGCGUCUAUAAGAGAUGGCUUGUUCAGCACUUAGAAUAUAUGUUAACGACAUAGAUAUCUUAUAUAAUCUAGUUUAUAUAAGAUAUCUAUGGUUGACGAUCACUGGCUAAUUUAAACACCACGUGAUCAUUGCAGCUGGGUUUGAUGAUGACCCUAUCGGUUGAUUGCAAUCAAUUUCUUGGGAAUUAAAGGAGAAUCAAAUAGCGGCCAUGUUAGUGUCAAAUUCAAUGAAAGAUGAGAUUCUUUUGUUGAAAUACCAGCAACUGUGGCUGUCGUGACGUAUCGUGGAAUUUGUGACUGUAUUAAGGCUGAAUUCAAUUUAUUCUUGGUUUGCACUUGACGUCAUUGCAGUCAUGUUGGAGGAACGCCAACGAAAGAAUCUCGCAACUAUAAUUGUACUUGGAGCGUGUUUUCCUCGAACAUGGCCGCCAUGUCUUCGUCAUAUAAAUCUCAAAGGAUUGAUUGCAAACCAGCAAACACAACUAACCUUUAGCAAACAAAUCGGCCGUUGUAAACGCGAACCAUGCAUCCAUAGGACCUCAAUGAGACUAUAGGGAUGGUUAGGGAUAAACCAAUGAAUUACCUAAAACAGAAAGUAAUGCUAACUAUAGUAUAUAAGUAAACUUAAGAAGUAGUGUACGUAUAGCAGUAUACUGUAUGCGAGUAAUACAAGUAUUUGAUAAUGGACACACUAUUUUAUACUCGGGUACAGUAAUAAAAUUUUCCAUAAGGAGUAAUUUGACAAACGUUUACUGUGUGAAACAAUGGAUUGUUGAGAAUCUUAACAUGAUUGUAUAUUCCACGAAGGAAGUGUAAAAAAGCUUGACUCAAAUAAUACGUGUCAACGCUUGGACAGUAGUUUUUGUAAACAUAUAUAAAUAAUAGAUAUAUAUUUGAAAUAUGUUGAAGUUGUAUUUGAAAUACGACUGGACGACACUUAUAAUACUUCAAAAGUAUCUUUACUGCUGUUUGUGUAUAAAUAAACUUGAAUAAAAUAAAGUGUUGUUUUGUUUUGUUUUGUUUUGUUUUGUUUUGUUUUGUUU